AUGGGCACCUGCCUCAGUGCUCCACUCAAUAACCCAAAUCUCCCUCCAGAAGCUCAUAAAGUCCUUGUCCAGCAUCAGACAGAGCCACCAGGCACCUAUGCUCUACUCCCUGCCUUCACACAGCGUACUCACCAACGCCGCUCCUACCUCUGUGCAAACUGCCACGCGUUACUCUUCUCUGAGCAAGACCGCUUCAGUUCCGGGUCAGGCUGGCCAGCUUUCUACAGGCCAACCGAUGCGAAUCAAGUCGAGGUGACAUGGGACUUGCGAUGCUGGGAGGCCGGUGCUUUUGUUGGUGCGAGACGUGCAGCACGGUGCAAGAAUUGCCGCGGUCAUCUCGGUCAUGUCUUUGCACUAGCAGGCGGAUCGAACAAUCAGCAGCACUACUGCAUCAACGCCCAUGCAUUACAUGUUGAGACUGCAUGCCAAUAA